AUGUAUAAGCCUACUAUGGCAAUGCAUGAUAUGAGCCGUGUCAAGGGUUUCCCCUGUAAAGAGUGUGAUAUGGUUUGCCCCAGUACCCCUAGUCUGUUAGAACACAUGAAGGCUCACUACCAGCAAGAAGAGAAUGGCAGGUUUGAGUGUGAGCAAUGUGGCCGCAUCUAUAAGCAUGCUGGCAGCCUGGCCAACCAUAAGAAAUCCCAUGAAGUGGGUUCCUUUCAGUGCCCAGUCUGCACCAGAACCCUUCCCAAUGCUGUGGCUCUGAAGAACCACCUCCGUAUCCACACCCUAUCCCCAAGCAGUGCCCAGGCAGAGGAAGACGGCGGUGACGAAGGCGCUGAAGACGGCCAUGAUGAGAGGAACUAUGGUCUUGCACAGGAUCUGUCCGAUGGCUUUGCCCGUAGUCACCUGAACAACAGUGGAAUGGUUCAUGGCGUGAUGUCACAUGACCCAGAUGAUCAUAAGAAGUCACCUGUAACUGAUGAUGCCUGGGAUCGUCCAUUCAAAUGUGAUCAGUGUGAUAGGACCUACCGCCACCAUGGCAGCCUGGUUAAUCACAAGAAAUGUCACCAGGAGGGGGCGUUCAAGUGCACCGUCUGUUACAAGCAGUUCAACAACCUGGCUGCUCUCAGCGGCCAUGAGCGAACCCACUCAAAGUUUAAGACUCCUGGAGCAUCGAUGGUUAACAACAACAUACAUGAUUCUGUGACUGAUCAGCGUUUGUCUGCGCCCCAAACCGAUGAUGCGGCUAAUUGCUUCUGCCACCUGUGCCAGGUAGCCUUGCCCAACAAGAGUGACUUCCAGGAGCACAUCCUGUUGCAUAAUGCAGCCUCCUCUUCACUGGGUCUUGCCCGUAGUUUCCCUGGGAUAAUGCCGCACAAUCUCAGCGCUGUCCGUUCCCCAGCGUACACACCUGCCCUCGGUGACCCUCUGCCGCUUCCUCCUUUGCCAAAUGAUAAACGUGGCCCCUUUGACCCAAUGCUUGGACCUCCUGUCAAUAACCCCAUUUACACUUGUGCAUACUGUGGGGCUGGGCAUCCUGAUCUGGAGAGCCUCAAAGUUCAUUACCUGACCCAUGACCCCCACCCAGGCUCCCAUGGUCAGGAUGGUAUCCUGAACACUGAUGGGAUUGGCUCUAACUCUAACCCAUCACCAUCUGGAGAGAGAGUGCAGUCUUCUUCUGAUGAUGGCGAACGUCGUUUCAAGUGUCAGGAUUGUGGGAAAAGCUACCGCCAUGCUGGAAGCCUGGUCAACCACAAGCGCUCCCACCAGACUGGCCUCUACCAGUGCACCAUCUGCUGCAAGCAGUAUCCGCACUUGGCAGCCUUGCAUAGCCACCUCCGCAGCCACAAGGGAAGAACAUCCAACCAAUCAUCCCUCAACACUGAAGGCGACUGGCUCUCCUCGGAACCCCUUACACUUGACUCUCAGAAUAGUUAUGUGCAGGAGGGGAGUGGCGCAACCACCCCUAUCUCCCUCCCUGGAAAUCUUGGUGAUGCUGCUCACUUUGUACCUGAUGGUGGCCACAGCAGUGGUUUGGAUUCACUGGAGUUCCAUGAUCGAUUUGAUGGCUCCCUUGCCCAGAGCAACUCUGGGCACUCCCCUCUUCCACAGAACCACCGCCAGGCUGAUAGACACAUGUGCACUGACUGUGGAGAAAUGUAUGGGGACAUCUCUGGCAUCAAGUCUCACAUGUGCCCCCAACGGCGACAGAACCAGGGGAUGUCCAAUGGAUUCAUGGGAAACAUGAGUGGCUACAACAGCCCUGGAGGCGCUGCUCUCCCUUCAGGUGGAGGAAAUGUGAAAGAGAGCAAUGGACAGCGCUCUCAGUAUGGUUCUCAGUCCCAUGCCCAGGGAAGUGGAAAAAGGAUGAAUAAAGAAGAUGAAGAUGAUGGCGAGGUGUACCAGUGCUCGGUGUGUGGGAACCAUUAUGCCAGCCUCAGGGCCCUGAGGAGCCAUCUGCGCAGCCAUGCUAACAAUCCUACAGGGCCUGGGACUUCAGCACUUUCUCCUAACGGUGAGGCAGACUGGAGGAUUAUCUGCAGCACCUGUGGCCAGAGCUUCUCCAGAAAGCAAGACCUGUUAAACCACCAACUGAUUCAUGGGCCACAAAGGUCAGAUGCAGCAGCGCAGGGCAUGGUGGCAGAUCCCACCAAUACUAAUGGCAAAAUGGAUGGUGAUGGGAGGAAUCACAUUUGCGUUGACUGUGGCAUGUUCUUUGCUGAUCGCCAUCACUUGAUCACUCACCUGUGUCCUGGAAAGGGAAGAGGAGGAGUGCUGAGCAAAGAAGGAUUGAAUGGAGCUAAAGGGAUGACUGGCGGAGAUGGAGUUAGUGGCGGCGGAGUUGGAGGACCUGGAGGCAGUCGUGAUAUGGGAGGACAGGACCGUAGACAACAGAUGCCAGAUUCGGAGGAUCGACCCCACAAAUGUGACCAGUGUGGAAGGGGCUACAGGCACCCUUGCUCCCUGCUCAACCACAAGAAAUCUCACAAGACCGGAGUCUUCAGAUGCCUUGUCUGUCAGAAGCGCUACUACAACCUGCUGGCCCUCAAGAACCACCAGAGGACCCACUUUGACUUAAAAAGGUAAGCUUUUGUUUGAUGCGUUUCCUCAUUGAGACUCUUUUUGUCUUUGUGGGCAUAUUAAUAACAUAAGAUCUGUGUGCAUAGCUUGAAUUUGGUCCAAAUUUCCAAUUGACAUCAAUGGGACAUUUUACACUAAAAUCUGGAUUGUAUAGUACCUUCAUGGAUUGGUCUUUAUUUUCUCUGAAAUAAUGAGAUGCAGUAUUUUUCAUUGUAAUAAUACUAGAUAUGAGUAAGAAUAAUCAAUUCGCCUAUCGAGGGCCUCCGCAUUGUUAAAAACAGGCAUUCGAAUUGUUGAAGAAAACACACCGCUUUUCCCUCACUGUACAGCGGCACAGCUGAAAAACGAACGACAUUGAAUGUAAGAGUCUACUCUGUGCUACAGUCCAGUCUGUAAAGCUAAUUAAAAACAAAACACCCCUUAAGCAAUGCUGAGGAACCCAAGAAAUGGCCAGGCCAUGACAUCUUUGAAUCCAUUCUAAACGUAAAAUGUAUUUCUGACUGGUGAUUUCCCUUUAUUGGCUUGCUACAGCAAGGCUGCCGCUGGCACAGGGAGAAGCGGUCCCCAAGUGGCACCCGAUUCCGAAACGAUGGCUUUACUUGAAUGGUAAAUAACCUUCCCCAAAUGUGCUUUUAUCAUUACUAAACGUAGCUAGUGCCCAUUCAGCCAGUUGGCUGUCCACUCAUGAUGUUAGGAGCGAGUUGAGUGGCUGGCAGAUCGUGGAAUAGGGAAAAGUAGUAUUUACCAGUUCCUCACCCAUCUUUAAUUUGGUCCUCACUUUCUUUUGCAGGCACAAGUGUGAGGAGUGUGGGAAGGCCUUCAAGAUCCAGAAGCAGCUGGAAAACCACCUUCGGCUCCAUGAAGAACACAGAGCAAAGGCUCACGCCCAGCUCGCGAAACUAGGCAAUGGAAGGUAUCAAGGAGGACCCUCUGGCAUGCAGGCCAUGAGAGGAGAAUCGUCCAAAUCCCAGAACCCUGGCAUGGGGGGAGUCAAGUAUGGACAGCAACAACAAGGCUUCAAGCAACCCUACUCAGAGGCGGGUACUUCAAGGGCUCAGAAUUUUGAUCUACAAGAAGGGGGACGACGACCCUUCGCUUGUGAUGAGUGCGGACGGAGCUAUCGUCAUGCAGGCAGCUUGGCCAACCACAAGAAUCUUCACAAAAUUGGCGAGUAUCACUGCAAUGUCUGCAACUCCACUUACCCCAACCGCCUGGCCAUGAAAAACCAUCUGCGUCUUCAUUUUGCCCUCAAGAAGCACACUUGCCAGGAAUGUGGCAAAGGAUUCCGCACCCAAAAGCAGCUGACCACCCACCACUCUGCACAGCUCUGCAAGGGGGCUGCAGGAGCUGUUGCUCAAAUGGAUUACGAGUGUGAUGGGUGCUGCGAGGGUUUCGUUACUGCUGACGAGCUGGCUGCACAUGACUGCCCUGCUCAGCAGCUCCCUUCGUCCUCUGCCUCCCUCAAUAGCUCAAGCCUCAGUAUCGAUGGGGCUGACCUUGUGCCAGAUGAACGCCCCUACAGCUGUGACAUCUGCAGCUGCUCUUACAAACAUGCCAGCAGCCUGCUGAACCACAAGCACACGCACAAGACGGGCACCUUUACCUGCACCUACUGCGACAAGCCGUACUCCAACUACAUGGCGCUUCGCAACCACAUGCGCAUCCACACGCAGAAGAAGAGGCACAUCUGCCACCACUGCGGGAAAGCGUUCCGGCUAGCCAGGUUCCUCCGCAAUCACCAGAAGGUCCAUGAGGAGGGCCACACACGCUUUGGCUGCACCAGCUGCGGGAAGAGCUUCCAGGGGAGGUCAGGCCUGGCGAGGCACCGCUGCGGGGAGAACCAGGUAGGCAAGGAGGGCAGGAGGAUGGCCACUGCAAGCACGACAGGGGGAGAAGAGUGCCGGUACACGUGAGUUUUCGUCUGUUGUUUGUGAUUCUUGAAGUGAAAAUAGUGAAGAUCAUAGGUUUCUACAUGUCUAUUACAGGUAUAUGAUCUCCAAUCCGGCUUCCUUGGGACCAUACGUGCACCGGAAUUCGGAUAUUUCUGAAGUUUGGACAGAUUGAUUAGUGGAGACCAGAUAAGUCACCCUGUUUGCUUUCAGUUAGAUAUACAUUCGUUUCCUAGGCUACUAUGAAUCAGAAUUGAUUUGAUUGUUCAGUUGGAUGUUUUAUUUUCUACUUUUACCUAAGAAAUUCUGCCAUUAAUUGAUACCAAUUCAAAGUAGCUGACGUAGUAUAAUAAGUACGAUUUAUGAUUUGUGUGUUCCUUGUACUUGUUAUGAAUUGUAGUGCUCCUUUGUUUGUGCUUCCCUGUCUCUUUUAUAGCUACAUUGUACAUUUUGGUUGUUGAUAGUGUAAACCUAGUUUAGUGGGCUUAUUUGUUUGACAAAGUCAAGGCACAAAAGCUGGUUAAAAUGGUAAAAGACCAUAGAAGUGAAAAGGUUAUUGUAUGUUUUUUGCUGAUUUUACAGUGAAUACUACAUUGAUAAAGGCCAUAGGCCUAUCCUUAGACUUAGAUCCACAGUAAGUAUUUGGAGCUUGCUGCACUGCACAUGCUUUGUUGUAAUUUAGUUAUUUUUGGGGGAUGGGGUAAUCUGCACUAAGCCACCAUAUUUCACCACAGUUGCGGCCAAUAAGAAAGUCAGAAUCAUUUUAAUAACUAUAAAAAGUGUGAUAUGGAAUUGUUGUAUCCAAAUGUGCAGUGCAGGGAGCCACACAUACCUUCCAAGACUCAAAUUAGUUUUCAAUUAUUUGAUUAAGGACAGUCCAUAUUUUCCCCCCCUGUUUCCUCCAAAAUGUGUUCCCCUUUUUAUUAUGUGUGUAAAUUGACUAUUUCUUCUUGUAGGACAUGGUAAACCACUUAUAGUCAUCUCCAAAGCUUUAAGCCGGAUUCCAGAUCAUAUACCUGUACCAAUUAUUUUGAGAAUAUAUAUAUAUAUACACUGCCGAUUUUGCAGGUUUUCCUACUUACAAAGCAUGUAGAGGUCUGUAAUUUUUAUCAUAGGUACACUUCAACUGUGAGAGAUGGAAUCUAAAACAACAAUCCAGAAAAUCACAUUGUAUGAUUUUUAAGUAAUUAAUUUGCAUUUUAUUGCAUGACAUAAGUAUUUGAUACAUCAGAAAAGCAGAACUUAAUAUUCGGUACAGAAACCUUUGUUUGCAAUUACAGAGAUCAUACGUUUCCUGUAGGUCUUGACCAGGUUUGCACACACUGCAGCAGGGAUUUUGGCCCACUCCUCCAUACAGACCUUCUCCAGAUCCUUCAGGUUUCGGGGCUGUCGCUGGGCAAUACGGACUUUCAGCUCCCUCCAAAGAUUUUCUAUUGGGUUCAGGUCUGGAGACUGGCUAGGCCACUCCAGGACCUUGAUAUGCUUCUUACGGAGCCACUCCUUAGUUGCCCUGGCUGUGUGUUUCGGGUCGUUGUCAUGCUGGAAGACAAAGCCACGACCCAUCUUCAAUGCUCUUACUGAGGGAAGGAGGUUGUUGGCCAAGAUCUCGCGAUACAUGGCCCCAUCCAUCCUCCCCUCAAUACGGUGCAGUCGUCCUGUCCCCUUUGCAGAAAAGCAUCCUCAAAGAAUGAUGUUUCCACCUCCAUGCUUCACGGUUUGGAUGGUGUUCUUGGGCUUGUACUCAACCUUCUUCUUCCUCCAAACACGGCGAGUGGAGUUUAGACCAAAAAGCUAUAUUUUUGUCUCAUCAGACCCCAUUCCUCCUCUGGAUCAUCCAGAUGGUCAUUGGCAAACUUCAGAUGGGAAAUGCGCUGGCUUGAGCAGGGGGACCUUGCCUGCGCUGCAGGAUUUUAAUCCAUGACGGCGUAGUGUGUUACUAAUGGUUUCCUUUUAGACUGUGGUCCCAGCUCUCUUCAGGUCAUUGACCAGGUCCUGCCGUGUAGUUCUGGGCUGAUCCCUCACCUUCCUCAUGAUCAUUGAUGCCCCACGAGGUGAGAUCUUGCAUGCAGCCCCAGACCGAGGGUGAUUGACCGUCAUCUUGAACUUCUUCCAUUUUCUAAUAAUUGCGCCAACAGUUGUUGCCUUCUCACCAAGCUGCUUGCCUAUUGUCCUGUAGCCCAUCCCAGCCUUGUGCAGGUCUACAAUUUUAUCCCUGAUGUCCUUACACAGCUCUCUGGUCUUGGCCAUUGUGGAGAGGUUGGAGUCUGUUUGAUUGAGUGUGUGGACAGGUGUCUUUUAUACAGGUAACGAGUUCAAACAGGUGCAGUUAAUACAGGUAAUGAGUGGAGAACAGGAGGGCUUCUUAAAGAAAAACUAACUGGUCUGUGAGAGCUGGAAUUCUUACUGGUUGGUAGGUGAUCAAAUACUUAUGUCAUGCAAUAAAAUGCAAAUUAAUUACUUAAAAAUCAUACAAUGUGAUUUUCUGGAUUUUUGUUUUAGAUUCCGUCUCUCACAGUUGAAGUGUACCUAUGAUAAAAAUUACAGACCUCUUUAGUUUUAUCUAAUGGAAAAGUGGUAACCAGCCAAUUAGAUUGGUUAGAUUAGUGAAAAAGAACCGCAAGCCGUUACUAAUUUCUUGUUCUCUUGUCUCUCUCCACAGAUGUGACCAGUGUGGCCGCUCCUACGCCCAUGCCAGCUCCCUCCUCAACCACAAAAACACCCACACCGUCGGCAUUUACCACUGUGCCGUGUGCCUCAAGACCUAUUCCAACCUCCUGGCCCUCAAGAACCACCGGCGCAUCCAUUCAGAGAUACGACGUCACCGCUGCCCAGAAUGCGGCAAAGCUUUCCGUGUCUCCUCCCAGCUCAACAGCCACCGUCGCGUCCACCUAAAGGAGAGGGAGCUAACUUGUGGCCCCUGCCAGCGCAGCUUCCCCAGCCAGGCCAGCUUCCGGCUCCACCAGGAGAUCUCCCACGGCCAAGCCCCCAGGCCCCCCCAGCAGACACAGGCCAGGGCUGGGGGAGCAUCUGGGGGCACAUCCGGGGGCGGGAGCUCAGGCCUUAGCUGGGACUCCGGCCUGGAUCUCACGCUGUUGCAGGCCCAAGGACUGGACCCCAAUGGACUACCCAAAAUGAACUCCCUGUCCUUCCAAGGCCCCAGUGGCAGCAGGAGCCGUGGGGCGACGGGGACCAAGUCGCACAUCUGCAACCAGUGUGGCCGUGCCUACCUCCAUGCCAGCUCCCUCCUCAACCACAAAAACAGUCACAAAACAGGUGCCUACUUCUGUAACUCCUGUCAGAAGGAGUUUCCCAACCUGAUGUCCCUCAAGAACCACCGGCGCAUUCACACUGAGCCCAAACGUUUCCAGUGCCCCGACUGCGGAAAGUCCUUCCGUGUGUCCACCCAGCUCAUCUGCCACAGGCGCAUCCACACCAAGGAAAAGCCCUUUUCCUGCCAGCAGUGCGACAAGCGCUUCUCCAGCAAGUCCAACCUGCGCCACCACCAGAAGGUGCACUGGAGCAGCUCAGCGCCCCCCACCAUGGCCAUGGGCGCUGCCAGCUUCCUGGGUAUGCCCUCAGGCCCAUUUCUAUAAGUAUGGGUGGGAGUGGGGGAAGGGGUGGUUCUAGUGUGGGAUGCAUUGAAAGGCCAAGGUUCUAGAGGUUCUAAAACUCUUAGUCCCGUUCCUUCUCAUUCACCACCAUCUCCCUCUUGUUGUAGAGCGUGAAGUUUAUAUCUAUAGAUUUCCACAGAGCAGGUUAUGUGAUCUAGACUCACAGGCCCUGCAUGCAACCUCAGAUAAGGGAGGGGGGGGGGGGGGGACUGACUUGGCAUGGAUGACAUCUCCACUGGUUAAGACAGUCUGGUUGCAAAAGCUUCCCCCAUCUGCUUCAUCCCAACCAGCAUGGCUACGCUUGCUUGCAUUCACUCGAUGGCCUUUGCUAGGGGACAACAACCCAUCAGCCUGUAAUGGUACACAAGGAUUACUGCUCACUCAGUGUAGGAUGUGUGCUAGACUUCUCUGUUCGGCCCUUUAGAAACCUUAAUGAUAUACUGUUGUCAUAGCCUCCUGUUGCAUGUUACACAGUAGAUGAUUGUAGAUUUCUCAGUGUUUUAUUGACAGUUAAGCCCAGUGUCAAAGAAGUCACAACAUACAGGGCACAAUAGGAAGAACAUCCUAAUGCCAUGCCAAGAGUGUAGCGUGAAGUUCACCAAGUCAACCACAUUGAUGAAUUUGACCAAUGUUAAGGGUUUUUUGUGGCAUCUUUGCAGUUUGAAUGCAUUGCACAUGACAUCCCAUUCCAUAUCUGUUGAUUUUGGAUAAAGCCUUUGCAUGCGGCCUUUGUCAUGUUAUACAAAACAUCUUAACCAGUAACAAAUUGUUCAAACCGUGUCUCUGAAGUGAGCAAUAUGUUGGAGCAAAGAGUUGAGAUGUACUUCGACAUUGUAAAAAUUUAGUUUUAACAGUUAAUUAAUGCAGUGGUUGGAGAUGUCACAUUUCUAUAUUCUAGAACUGACCUGAGGGUGUAUUGCUCUCUUGUGAGGUUCUAAUUGUUUUCUAACUUGUGUGUUUCUUGCAGCACGAAGAUGAGCUUCAAACCUUAUUAUUCUGCAGAUGACAGCAAUGCUCUUUAUCGGUUGCUUCUUUCUGGCAUCACAUUUGUGUAUUCCUCCUCUAAUAUUUAAAAAAUGUUUCUGGGCACCCAUAUUUUCAACACUGCGCCUAACUAGUUAACAUGUAUAGACAAUAAGUUGUGGUUAUAAAAAAAGAAAGUAAAGAAAAUGUAUAUUGUUAGGCCCAUGCCGGCAUUUGGUUUUAUCCUGUAUCGUAAUCGUACUUCUGACUGUAUUAUUUACAGUUCGACUUUUAUAAAACAGAUCAUUGUAGAAUGCAUUUAUUUAUAUUAACACUUGUUACGGAAAACGCUAGUUUUAGGAUCUCUCAGUUUAGGAGCUGUGUUGUAACCACCCCCUUUCCUUACACUUACCCCUGACUAUUCAUCCUGUAUGUAUAAUUGACAUGGAGUCAAGUAUGAAGGACUCCCAAAGAACACUUGUUACAGUGACAGUACUCCUCCAUGUUGUCUCAAUUUGUUAUGCUUCAAAAAAAAGAAAACAUCUGUCCCUUGUACAAUAAACAGGGAACAUGUAUAAUGUGUUUUUUGAUUGCAUUACAAAGAUUUAAGGAAAUAUUUCUGAAAUGUUUGCCUUUUACAAGUGAUGUUGUGACCGUCUCCCCUCAAGUCAGACUGGACUUCCUUCUGUUUCACAAAAAGCUCACACUCAAAGGGAUGACUUUGUGAAAUGUUUGUGCAUUCAUUCUUUUAAGUUUUUGUUACACCUUAUCGUAACCCUUGUAUUUAUUAGUAUUUAAUUUAAUUGCGUUUUGACUAUUCAAAGCUCUGUGUGAACACCUUUUACAGGGAGCACUGGUGCUAGGAAGUGAAAUAUAAAGUGACAGUGAAGUGAUUUAGGAGUAAUGUGAUUCAACUAGACCACAGGACAACUAAAUAUUUUAAUUAAACUCUUGCUUUUUCUCCACAAUUGGUUAAAAGUGGACACUUCCAACCGUCAUUAUGGCUAGUUUAGAAAGGAUUGGUUUGAACAACUAUAAUGAAUAAUUUGUCGUUCUAACUUUUUGUUUCAUACAUAUAUAUAUGUACUGCUUACUAUACACUUUUAUAAACUAUGUUUUGAUAAUUCAUUUCUUAACAAAACCUGUCCAUAUUAUAACCCCUAAUGCUGAGUACUGAAAAUAAAUAGCUGGGGAAAAAAAGUGAAGAACAGUGUUGUGAAUCGAUUGUCCUUUAACUCCACACUUUUAAUGUACUUUUGAAAGUGUUAAGUGUUUUUAAUGAUCAACAUGUUUUCACACAGGACAUUUUUAACCUGUGAUGAGGGUGCAAUCAACCUGGGUUAACUCAACCUUGUUAAAGACUUGGCCUUGAACAUUUUCACUUCAGUGAAUUGGUCAAAUGAAAAUGUGUCUAGUUGAAGGACCAAAUAAUUUCCGUUUUUGAGGAUAUGUAAGGAAGGGGGGUAUACAAUUGCAGAUUAUCUUUAAGCAAAUGAUGCAGACUGAGGAUGAAGUUUGAUAAUGCUUGUUGCCUCUAGAAAGGCUGGUGCCCUCAAAUCAUACACCCAGGCAGCCCAAUGUUGAUAUCUUUCCCAUCAGGUCUUUUCACAUCAGAUCUUAUUCAGAGCUGAUCUAAUUAGUCAAAAGAGCAAUUAGUGAAAAAAAGAUCUGAAUAAGGCUGCCUGUAUAAACACAGCCCUAGAGGAUUAGACCUAUGAAAAUGACUGAGUCAUUUACUCAUGUUAGUCCAAACAAUGAAAAAAUGGACUAAUGAAUUACAAAAGUAUCAUAUGAUCAUAGCUAUAUGUAAUAUUUAAGGUACAAUGUUCAAAUGCACUCCAUUAUCUUGAUGCUAGAAUAUGUUUUUGUUUUAUGCAACACAAAAAUCACCAAAUGAUAUUGAGUUUACAAUGUGGUUGGUGAAAAUAUACCUUCAUUUUAUAACCAGCAAAAAGGGUUUGUCGUUCUUUCAUCCUUGGAAGAAGAAUAUCCUCCCAAAACUCCUUUCUUUAGUUUUUACACUUAGCUGAUAUUUAGACCAACCCAAUAUUUCCACAUAGCUUUUUUUAAUCAACCCAGACAAGUUUGAGAGUGCUUAGCAUGCUAACACCAGUGUCCAUAUGGAAUCUGUUGAGCUGAUGCCAAAGUCUAGCAACCACAAUGGCAUUUCUAUUAUAAUACGUUGUUCAAGAGUGAUAUGGUCACUACACGUUGGAAUGGAGUGUCUGCAUGGUGGUUAAGUGUGUUGUUGUUCCUAUGGACUCUUGGAUUGGCAUGCUAAACUAACAAGUGGCUGCUCAAAAUAAAUAAAUAAAUCAAACGUUUUUAUCUGGGUUGAUUUAAGAAACGCUCAAGUACUGGGAGAAACCAAAGAAAAUAGUUUUUUGAGGAAAGUGUCCUCCUAAGGGCUGUAGAAUCAACAUUGCAAUAUGGCUGUCACCCAAUUUUUGUGUAUUUGUCACCAUGAAGAUGAAACUAGCCUAGAUAUUGAAGAUACAAAUCUCUCAACCUUAAUCCUACACAUGUACUCUGACCUAUUCCUGAUUUGUUUUGUUUUCAUGUACAUUUCGUAUUUUAUAUUUGCAUGAUAGAAGUUUGUGCUUAAUAAAGAUCCAUCCUUGUUGAAUAUAAUUAACUGUAGCAAUACAUUUGUUCCCAAAUUGAGGAAUCAGUUUCUUCUACCAAAUUCAAGGUACAGUAACAAAGCUAUGUAGACGACCAUAUUAAAUACUGUUGGCUAGUGGAAAUAAUAAACCCAUAUACCUGCAGUGUACAGUGGGAGAGUGUAGACAUUUACAACACGUAGCCUCACCAUUUGACUCCAGGCUCAGUACACCAUCAGUGUAGGGAAGGCCCAUUUGAUUUGCCCAAUGGUUUGAUUGACAUAUUGAAAAGGCUCAGGUGAAUUGCCCAAAAUUAAAAAUGUAUUGUUAAAGGUGCAAUCUUUAACAUUUCAGUAAUAUUUUUGACUCCCUCUCGGGUUUUGACGAAUAUGACAUCUUAUUAUAAGCCCAAAAUAUUAUUUUGUAGAGACAUUAUUGUUGGGCUUUCAACUUCUGAAAACUAGAACCAAUAUUGAAUCAAGAAGACGCUGCAUUUUGUAUACACUGAGGGUGGCCAGGCCACUUUUUUGUUUUUGUCUCAAUUAAUAGUAUUAAUUUAUUACUACCGAUACAUAUCAAGAUCUAUGUGCAUGUGGAAAUGUUACGGAAUGCACCUUUAAUUGUUGAAGAAUUUAUGUGGGGUUUUUUUCGUUGCUGAAGCUGUUCAUAAUGCAGCGUUCACAUGCUAUCGGAGUUAUCAGAAGCUCUUUGUUCCCAGUGGGAAAUUUCCCUUGAAGGACUGUCCAAGUGGGAAACAGAGACAUUUUUGUUACCUGAGUUGUGACGUUUCACCACUGACCUUUUACCUUUGACAACAAAUCUGUUUUUGACAAUUACAACCUUAUCAAUAUGUAUAAUGUAGCUAGUCUGACCAUAUUGUCGACGUUAAGCAAGCUAGCUAACUUUAUUAUUAGCAAUGGUAGCAAGCUUAUUGGUUGAAGAAUUGUUCCAACUUCAAAAGCACUUGGACACAAUCAUGUCGGGCUUAUGACUUCCCAGUUUCCCAUUUCCCACGAGCAUGUGAAGCCAGCAUUAAUGUGUAUACAAAUGAAAUAGCAGAAUUAUGGCAUGACACAAGUCCUACAUUUUACAUUUUCAGGUCAUCCACCAAUUGGCGCAGGGAGACCACCCAAGUUGCAUGUCUGCGACCAGUGCGGCCGUGGUUACCGCCAUGCCGGAUCCCUCCAGAACCACAAGAACAUCCACAAGACAGGCGCCUAUUUCUGCAGCUCUUGUCAGAAGGAGUUCUCCAACCUGAUGGCUCUCAAGACCCAUCGGCGCAUACACACUGAGGUCAAACGCCACCGGUGCUUAGACUGUGGAAAGGCCUUCCGUGCGCCUAGCCAACUCAUCGUCCACCGCCGCAUUCACACCCAGGAGAAGCCCUUCUCCUGCCAGCAAUGCACCAAGCGCUUCUCCAGCAAGUCCAACCUACACCACCACAUGAAGUUGCACUGGAGAGGCUCAGCGCCUUCCAGUUUCCUGGGUAUGCGCUCAGGCCCAUUUCUAUAGGUGGGGGAAGGGGAAGUGCUACUGUAAUACACAUUGAAAAGCCAAGGUUUCUGGAGGUUUGGUUUAAUACAAGUUCAACGUUUACAUUUUCAGGUAAACCGGUAAUUGGUGGGGGGGCCAAAUCGCACGUCUGUGACCAGUGUGGCCGUACCUACCGCCACGCCAGCUCCCUCCUCAACCACAAGAAUAUCCACAAGACUGGGGCCUAUUUCUGCACCUCCUGUCAAAAGGAGUUUCACAAUCUGAACGCCCUCAAGAACCACCAGCGCAUCCACACGGAGAGCAAACGCUAUGAGUGCCCGGAGUGCAGAAAGUCCUUCCGUGUGUCCACCCAGCUCAUAAUCCACCGACGCAUCCACACCAAGGAGAAACCCUUCUCCUGCCAGCAGUGCGACAAGCGCUUCUCCAGCAAGUCCAACCUGCGCCACCACAUAAAGUUGCAUUGGGGCGGCUCAGCGCGUCCUGUGCCCACCAAUGUGUCUGUGGCUGCUACCAGUGUCUCCCUCUUGGCUAUGCCUCAGACCCAUAUCUAUACAAAGUAUGGGUGGGGGUGGGGAAAGGGGAAGCAUUGA